UAUUGACAGUAUAACACAAAAACCAUUUGACGAAUUAACAAAAAGUGAAAAAAAGAAAAAAGAAAAAAAGACAAGUUAGUUUUUGUCCGUUACGCGUUCGUCCACAACCGAGCUUAAUUUAUUGAAGAAAUUAAAAAUUACUAAAUUUAGCCAUUCUCUGUAUAGAAAUGCUGAAAAUCUGAAAGACUGCAACUGCACUGCCAUGAUGCUGCUAUGCAACUAUCUUUUCAUCACCGAUUCAAACCACCAAUAAGAAUCAAUCAUCAGGUAGGAUAAUCCGAUUCAGACCAAUCCCAGAAUUACAAUCCAACUAUUCCCUAUUCCACUUUUUAAUAAGGCAAAAAGAAGAAGAAGAAGAAGAAGAAGAAGAACACCCCGGGGUGCCAAAAUUAUUCAGAAAUUUCUGUUGUGAAAAAAGGGAUGAUGGCAAGCAAGAGAAGCUUACAGGUUGUCUUGAAGAGGGCUUACUGUGGAACGAUCAGACAUGUUAGGAAUUAUGGUGCAGUUUCCCAGGAAAUCGCCCCUUCUUCUCCAUCGUCAUCUUCUUCCGAACAUCUCAUCAAUACGGAGUAUCAGUGCAGCGCUCACAAGUAAAAUGUUUCGCACACCGUCUUUUUUUGUAAUUUUUUUUUUCCAGCUGGGUUUUGCUUAAUUUGCUCUUUGGUUUUCGUAUUUUGUAUCCCUGUUCUCGAGGACAGGAGAUGUGCUAAGUUUACCUUAGAUGAUCAAACUCUGUUUUCCUUAUUCAUAGAUUUUUUUUCCAGCUGUUAAAAAUUGAAAUAUAGGUGUUUGAUAUACUGUUGUCUAAUCAUCGUGUGGAUAACUUUACAAUUGGAUGGGGAAUUAUAUUACUUGGUUGCAAAGCAGCAAGCUCUUCGUUUUGGUCUAAUGAAUUAGCUGUGGCAUGUUCUUAUAUGAGACAGAAUUUGCAUUCUGUUAGAAUUAGAUGACCCAAUAUCGGCCGUACCCUAGCCCUGAAAUGACCCAGAUUCCCACAUAUUGAAUCUUUUUUUCAACAAUUGAGAAAUUCUACUAAACGUUCAGAAUCUGGCUUUUGUCAACAUGAAAUUGUUUACCUCAGUUGAACGUAUUUCAACUUGUAUUUCAGUGUCUCAAUGGAAUGGCAAUUUCUUGUAUUCACUGGACACUAAGAUGUCUUAUUAUCCCGAGGUUGUGGUAAACAGCAAAAAAAGGAAGUUCGAUUAGAAUGCAGAGAGUUUUGUUUUCACAAUACAGUUAGAGAAAUGUAAUGUUAGUCAGCUCUAAGAAUAUUGCUCGAACAGAUUUGAAGAAAAUCUGACGCACCAACAACUUAUGUCCUUUGAGUGCUUCAAUAAAACUAUGAUUAUGAAUGACUACUGAUACACUAUCUUGUAAUUAUUGCAGUUAUCAUCCAAUCCCAAUGGUUUUUUCUCAAGCGAAGGGAUCAUAUGUAUGGGAUCCAGAAGGAAAAAAGUAUCUUGACUUCUUAUCUGCUUACUCUGCAGUAAAUCAGGGUCAUUGUCAUCCGAAGAUCAUGAAAGCACUAGUUGAGCAGGCUGAAAAGCUCACCCUUAGUUCUCGCGCAUUUUACAAUGAUAGAUUCCCUGUAUAUGCUGAGCGUCUAACCAGCAUGUUUGGAUAUGAUAUGGUGCUCCCGAUGAAUACUGGUGCCGAAGGUGUAGAGACAGCUUUGAAGUUGGCACGGAAAUGGGGAUAUAUGAAAAAAAAUAUCCCAAGAGAAGAGGGUAUCAUUGUCUCGUGUUGUGGCUGCUUUCAUGGCCGCACGCUGGCUGCUAUAUCUAUGAGCUGUGACAAUGAGGCUACUCAAGGCUUCUGGCCUUUGUUGCCUGGUCUUCUCAAAGUUGAUUUUGGUGAUGUGCAUGGCCUUGAGAAGAUAUUUAGAGAAAAAGGUCAAAACAUUGCUGGUUUCUUGUUUGAACCUAUUCAAGGGGAGGCAGGGGUUAUAGUACCUCCAAUGGGUUAUCUAAAAGCUGUUAGAGAUCUUUGCACAAAGUAUAAUGUUCUAAUGAUUGCUGAUGAGAUACAAAGCGGACUUGGUCGUUCUGGAAGACUGCUUGCUUGUGACUGGGAGGAUGUUCGCCCUGAUGUUGUUAUAUUAGGGAAGGCAUUAGGUGGUGGAGUGCUACCUGUGAGUGCAGUGCUUGCAGACAAGGAUGUUAUGCUUUGUAUCCAACCUGGGGAGCAUGGAAGUACUUUUGGCGGAAAUCCUUUGGCUAGUGCGGUUGCCAUUGCUUCAUUAGAUGUGAUAAUGGAAGAAAGACUUGCUGAGAGAUCUGCUCAAAAAGGAGAGGAGCUCAGGCAACAGUUAUUGAAUGUACAGCAGCGAUUUCCUGAAAUUAUAAAGGAAGUUCGAGGGAGAGGCCUAUUCAAUGCUGUUGAACUUAAUAGCAAGGCCUUGUUUCCGGUGACAGCCUAUGACAUAUGUCUGAGGCUGAAAGAGAGGGGCAUUCUAGCAAAACCAACUCAUGAUUCUAUAAUAAGAUUGACCCCGCCACUCACAAUGGGUUCGGAUGAGCUUCAACUCGGCUCAAAAGCACUGUAUGAUGUUCUGGAACUUGAUUUGCCUCAGAUGCAGUUGGAAAAGCCUAAGAGCAUGCCAAAUGUGCAGCCUAAAGUUUGUGAUCGCUGCGGGCGCAAUUCAUAUUGAUCUACAUGAAAUUUGACCAAAGUUUCACCCCUGAUGUGCCAAAGUUCUACAUGGUCCUAUUGAAACGUUGGUUCUGCUUAACAGAGGUGCUGUUUCCUUACAAAAGCCAAUAUGUUCCGUCAAGAUUUCAUGGCCUCCGGCUUGAGUGUUUCUUUUUUACACAAUUCAAUCGAAGAUAGCAAUCUUUUUACUUGCCAUUCCACGAAAAUUCAAUACAAGCCGAAUCAAAUUGAGCUCUAAAUGACAUCAAUAUAGAUAGUCCUUUCUAAACUUCUAUCUAAAGCAAGGCCGAUUGCUGUAGCUUUGUGAAUGAACAGUUACACAGAUUUUUUGCACAUGAAUUUUCGCAGUUCCUUGUGUAUUUAUCAAGAAAAUGGAAUAAGGAUUUAGAGGAAGACCUGCAUUCAGGAUGAAACCCACUAAUUAACUCUGCUUGUUUUAGUGUAUUUGCUCCUCUUUUUUCUUUUGUUCUUCCCGGGGUCAGUCUUGCAUUUGAUACAUUUGAGGUGAGCGAGUUUUCGAAUUUGGAGGUAUAGAUUUUUUAAAUUUUUACGGAAGCAUUGGGAUCCAGAAAACAUCAAAAUAAGUAGAU